CCAGGAGGGAGAGGAAGAGGAGGAACCAGCCGAGAGGGAGCUGGGUGCAUUCCUGCAGACCUCCUGGGGCAGGACGAGCUCCCAGCAGGGUUCCUGGCCUGCACCCAGGCAGCAGUGGCACUGGCACCAGCCCCCACAGUGGCCGCCCUGUGUAAUUUGACACUCGGAUCUCCUGGACACCAACAAAAAAGCCGGAGCCCAGAUAGCAGCUGAUUGAGCUGCUGGCCCAGAGGAGAGGCAUCCAGGGAGCAGCCCUGGGUCACCAAAGAAGCGUCUGAGGAGAGGAGAGGUGGCGGCAGGCCGGAAGAAAGAGGCAGUGCCUGGCUCCCAGCACCUGCGUCCGCCCCCAGCACCCACACCUGAGUUCCCAGGGAGGGACAGACUCGGAGACGAAGGGACUCACUCGUCCAGUCACCAAAGCAGGAAGGGGAGGCAGCGCUCAAAUCACGGGUGACACAGACAGCGCUCUGCGCAGGCAGGUGACAAAACCACUAGGAAAAUUCUUUUGUGGAGGAGGCGAUGCAGGUGGCAUAUACCAGCUGCCUGCCAGGCCCUGGAGGACUGAGGCAGAAGAGGCGCAGAAGUGUCCCAAGGGCCACUGGAGGGAUCACGGGAGAACUCCUUAUGAGCAAAGAAACGUGGGCUGGUGGAGAGGUGGGGGCCAGUGCCAGCCAGGUGAGGGCAGGGGGCCACCUCUGAGCAGAGGGGCCCCACAGGCUGCCCAGCAGUCCCCCCACCAAAGCCGCCAGAACUGCGAGGGCUGAGACCCGACAAACCCGUUCUGCGGGCUGCAGGGGAGCGAGAGGGCGGAUGCCCGAGCCCCAGCCUGCAGGGACUCAGGCCCCAUCUCUGCUCGGCACAGCCUGGCAGGGGCCCCGCGGGAACCCCACUCGGCAUGACAGCCACGGACUUCGUGCAGGAGAUGAGCGCGGUGGGGGAGAGGCUGCUGCUCAAACUGCAGAGGCUGCCACAGGCGGAGCCCGUGGAGAUCGUGGCCUUCUCUGUCAUCGUCCUCUUCACAGCCACUGUGCUGCUGCUGCUGCUGGUAGCCUGUAGCUGCUGCUGCGCCCACUGCUGCUGCCCUGAGCAGAGAGGCAGGAAGACCCAGGUGCGGCCCAUGACCCCGCGGUGAAGGGCGGAGGCUGACCGAGGAGACAGGAGAGGAGUCUGCCAGAGCCACAGUCCAGGCGUCGGCCUGGCCCUGCAGUCCUGACCCCUCAGGACCAAGAACUACUGUCAUGGUGCUGGCCCUGCCCAAGAACCUGACCAUGACACGGGAAAGCUCGUCAAGGAAACAAGGGCCAUUACAGUCAUAAGGCCUCCCUCCCCCUGCCAGUGAACACGGUACGAAGGAGGGGCCGACCAUUUCAAGGAUGGAGGCAAGCGCCAGGGCACCUGGCCUACCUGCACUUUUUAAUAAACAUAGAAGCCGGGUUGCCAACCUGCGGGGAGCUGGUCCUGGGGUUCUGCUGAACCAUGUCAAAGAGGAGCGGCCCGACCACAGGGACUUUGUGCGGUGGCGGCGGGACCCCGCACUCCCCAACAGCGCAGGCCACGCAGGUAUCCUGGCCGGCUCCUGCCUGUUUCUCCCCAGUAAAAGCUUUUCAGGGACGCACUUCCGUGGCACCAGGCUCUCGGGCUGUGCUCCCUGCAUCAGCAAGGUCACAUGCCAGAACUCCGGGGGCGUGACCGGUGGCUGUCCUUGCAGACCCCUGCUCUCCCUGUGCCUGUGAAAGCUGGAAACCACGCAGGUGGGAAGGCCACCGGGAGGGAGUGCGGGGCCAUGGUGGGGGGAGUGCCAGUCAAGCACUAGCUGCUAACAAGCUCCAGCCCCCAGACGCCCACUCUUCAGUGACAGAUGCUGUGUGUGCCCCAGGCAGGUGCUGGCUCAGAGGCGCCACUUAACAGUUUCCACUGCCAUUAACUUGGGCAGGCACAGCUUGCACUAGCAAGCUCACCUUGCACUAGCAGGCUCAGGCUGCCCAGUUUUCCCCAACUUCUGGAGUAAAAGAAGACAGGUCAGGCCCCCAGAACUGACCUCAACCUGAGUCCCGACACCUCUGCCCUUUCCCCACUUGUGUGCCAGACUGUCUGGAUUCAAAUCUCCCCCUCCCCAAGUCACCAGCUGCAGGAAUCCAGGUGAGUGACGCGCCCUCCCUGAGUCACAUUUUUCUCCCUGUGAAAUGGGGCCAAUCCUGGUAACUGCCUCCCGGGGUGAGCCCGUGGGGAUAAGCUAAGAUGACCUAGGUCGAGCACGUGUGUGCUCUCUGCAUGUGUGAGCGGCUCCUCUGCACGGCGGCUGGCCCAGAGCUGAAUGGACCGUUUUAACGGCGGGUCCUGCUGAAAUUCAGCACCGCCCUGCCUCCCACUCCAACCUGCUCUCUCUUCCUGGGGAGCUUUCCAGGUAGAGGUGCCACCCAAGGAUGACGGCAGGCGAGGGACAGCUCCCGUGGUACCUCCCCUCCUGCCCACCGGACCCCAGAGCCAUAAAAGGUCUGCAUUUUUCACACACCUCUGUCGUCUUGGCCUGGGCAGCUGUGCUCUGGCUGCUUGGGGACAGAACCCCGUCUACUCAGAAAACAGGGAGUCAGGAGGGGAUGCCAGCCCCUGCCACCACCCAUCACCACCACGCUCAAGCUGGCAGGCAAGCGGAAGCAGUUUCUCUGGCUGGUUUCACUUCCCGGUGUCCAGGGGCUUGUCAGUUUGGUUUCAGCUGAAGGCCCAGAGAGGACGUGCUUCCACACAGAACAGAAGAAACGCAGGAAGUCUGCCCUCGCCCUUUGCCCCCCGGGACCACCAAAGAACGGGAUGUGGAAUAGGAACAACAGUGGAGAUGCCAGUGAUGGUGUGAGGGCAGCUAGAGCUCACUGAGAGCUCACACGUGCUCGGUGGUGUCCUAGUUCUGACGCAGACAGGUGCACCGAACCGUCACAACGGCGUCCGUGCCGUAGGUGACAUUAUCGUCCCCAUUUUAAAGAUGAGGCGAUUGAGCCUCAGCAACGCUAGGGAGCUUAAGUCCACCCGAGGCAGGAUAGUAAAAGCUGGGAAAACUUGGCAAGGUGAGCAGGGAAACUGAGACAGAUGGCUGAACAAAACUGGCUGAACAAUUUUCAACCAGAUGCAGGUCACCUCCUCUAGAGAUGGCAUCUAGGCCUCAGCUGCAUUUCAGCCCUGGGCCCAGAAAAGCAGCAAAACCAGGUGGGUGAAGCCAGGGCCAGCCUGCAGUGCCUAAUGACCCCCGUCGCUGACCAAUCCGUGGGGACCAUGGCCCUGAAAGGACGCACCUGGAGAACUGACGAACAUCUGCUGAAACCCCCCCCCCCCCCCCGGAGACCUCCCCUGAGAUUCCUGCCUGAGAGAGACACACAGCCUCGAGACAAAGGACCCAGCUGGGGAGCAGCCGGAGCCAUUCCCUCCCCCAUCUUGUUCCCUCACUUCCUCCCCCACAGGCAGCAACACCUGAACCUCUAAGGGGCCCAGAGGCUUGCAAUCAGGGCAAAAUGGGUGGCGGCAGCCCUGCAGCUUGUCCCCAGCUGACCCCCUGAACCCAUCCCCGAGGCCCCCUUUUCUCUGACUUCCCAGUGAGCAGAGGCAGCCCAGCCUGGGCUCUCCUGUCACUUCUAUUCUAAGCCCUUUUUUGUCUCACUGUCCCCAGUUUUAAUAAACACACUCAGUCACCUGGA